AUGGCGACGAUUGCAACGACAGUGGCCUAUGCCUCGGUCCUGACUGCGUUGCAUUUGGCUGCCUUGGACUUGACUGCCUGGACGGCGAAUGUGGAGGUCCAAGGUGCCACAAGGUUUUCGAUUGAGUCAUGGUUCUCCGCCAUUGAGGCUGCAGAAGCAUCAGAUACAACCACUUCAGCGGCUGCUAGCACCUCCACCGAUGCUACCUCGUCGAUUAUGUUCAUGGUUGCGAAACGGAAAACAACGGGCCCUGCGCAGAUCAUUAACAACCCGUUUCCUAGCAUCGAGGGAUAUAUCUCGAGCUCUGCUAAGCUGUCCUCAGCACCUUCGUCCUCGUCCUGGAUUUCAGGCUCCAUGGGCCAACAUGGCUCCUUCCUCUCCAAGAUUUCUUCUGUCCGGCGAUCUCCAACCGCCUAUGUGAUCUCUCCCACCGGACACACCUACACGAUUGAUGCCAGUCACAGUGCCUCAGCUCCUGCUGUCUCUCCACUUCAUAGUUCUUCAUCUCCGGGGCGUGCUUCCUCCGUUCGUGCUCUACACUCGCCGGCCGCCUCCGAUUACCGCUUCUUCUCAGUGGCCGCUGUUUCUGCCGCUACUGCUCAAUCUGAGACACAGAAACUUGAACCUCAUGGAGUCGAAUCUUACAGUUCCGCUCACACCGUCCACCCUACCUCGACCACUGCUUCUAUCCCUUCACCCACAACAUCGUCGGCACCUUUGUCAUUCGCCAAUCCCUCCGCCCAUAACUCUACUAUCCCUCGGAAAGCAUCGACAUCAAGCAGAAGCUCAAGAAUUCCUGGGCGAUAA